UUGACAUGCCAGAGAAGGUGGGGGGUGUGGUAAAGGAGGCGUUCAUGUUGGGGGGGUGGGCUGGUUCAGUGUGUACUAUAAGAGCCAAACCGAGCUGUGCUGGAUACAGGUUUGGUUUUCUCACCAGAACUUCUUGAGAAAUCUUGAAUUGUGCCAUACGAGGACAGCAGCAGCAGCAGCAGCAGCAGCAACGACGACGACCAUGAAGUUUCAAGCUCUUUUCUUCCUCUUGCUUCUUACCUGCAUGUCCCUGAGUCUGGCACAAGAGUUCUACGGUAACUGCUGUCUUGGGCAUGUAAAACCAAUGAAAAUAAAGGGAAAAAGAAUCGAAAGUUACAGGAUGCAGGAAACAGACGGUGAUUGCCACAUCAGUGCCGUUGUGUUCCUGAUUAAGAAAAAGCCUUCCCAUGUGAAACAGAAGACUAUCUGCGCCAAUCCACAGGAAGCAUGGGUCCAGGAACUGAUGGCAGCAGUGGACAGCAGAAACCCAAAGAACUGAGUAAAACGUUUCCACAAUAAACUCCUUUAUGCUCACCAGGUAAUUUAGGUAACUAUGUUAAUUCCUCAUCAUAAAAUAUUGUCUAGAGAGAAAGAGGAGUGGAAGGAAGGAUGAGGAGGGAGAGUGACUCCUUCACCUCCCGGUCAGGAUCAUAUAUCCCCCUAGACCAGAUGGAUUACAUUUGACCAGAUUAGCUGUUUCCUGACAUACCAAGCAUAUCGUAUAGGCAGUUAACGUAAAGAAUAACUACACAGUACCAUUUAGCCAAAGGUAUGUGCAGUCUGGCUAUAAUAAAUAUAUAAGAACUAUAUGUUUUACAUUGCUCACAUGGUAUUCAUUAAACGCAGCCCACUCUAGUAAUGGACCACUAUUAGGCAGCUUUGUAAUGUACGUAGUAUUUAGCAGAGUGUAUGAAUGGACUUUAUGCCAGUAAACUGUUUUUUGUUUUUUUUUACAAAAUACAUUUUCAUAUUUUUGCUUUUUCAUAUAAACAGUAAUUUGUGUAAAAAUAAAGAGGCAACUUAAAUAAAA